ACGUGAUCAACUCAAUGGCAACUUGCAGGACUCGAGGGUCGCUGCGGUUUUGGGCAGCUAGCUCCCGACACAACGUCAGCUAACGUCAGCGGAUCAUCGCGAGAACCGUUGGCUUCCACCACCUGCCUCCGGUGAGCUCCUUCCCCGUCAAACGGGUUCUCUCUCUCGGACCAGAUGUGUGUGUGUCUCUCCCGUGCGCGCACACACGCGCAGGAGACUGACGUCACAAGCAGGAAGUAGAAAGGCAGUCAGCAGCCUCAUGACAACAAGGAAGUAAAAACGCCGUCGGGUCGAAGUGAGGAACCUCUUCUCUUUCGUCUGUGACGUGAAACGUAAGAACGUGCCGAGAGCUCGGCAACGGAACUCAAGAAUCAAAGAGAGCGGCUACGGAAGUUAGCCUUCAAGCUAAUUCCUCCACUAAGUGAACAGUAUCUCGAAAACCAGCCUAGAGAGAAGAACACAGAGGGGGCGGGACACGGACAGUAUCUAGUAUCAGCCACCAUGGACCACAAAGGGGAACCCCAGGAAGACGUUAUGGGGUUGAAACACGAGGAGCUGCCACAGAUGGAUGGAUCAUGUGACGCGUGCGAGCCUGAUGAGGCCCAACCGGCCACACAAGUUUGCCACACCUGCAGCUUUGCCUUCUGCCGUGUGCAUGCUGACGCACAUGCCAGCAGCACACAUCAUCCCAUACAGCCUUACAACCAUGCGGAGACACAAGCUAAUGGACCUGGCAACGACAGAGUCUCCAGAGUUGGAGACGGAGCGGAGGAUGAAGCUCGUGCGGACGGGGCAGCUGGAAUUGCCACGAAUCGGGAGAGGCCGCCACCCAAUGGCGACGAGAGAGACGGGGCUGGUGGAAGACAGGGAGCCAGGAGCGGCCUGCACCCGGAGGCUGAGCCGGGUGAUGGAGCCGAGGGUGCAGAAGCAGAGCAGGAGGCCGUGGCAGCCGGAGAGGCUGGGAAGAGUGACACCGUGACGGUGGAAAGGCUGCGCUGCAAGGAGCAUGCACAGGAAGGCUCCCUGUACUGUAAAGCUGACGAGAAGAUCAUCUGUGUGGUGUGCGCCGUGCAGGGUGAGCACCGCGAGCAUGAGAUCAUCACCCUGCAUGAGGCCUACGUUUGGCAGAAGAGCAGGCAAGGUUAUGACCUUUUGGCCUGCACGCAACAGAUGUCCGAGAAGAUCAAGUCCAAGUGGACAAACCCUGAGAUGUCAACGGAGGAGCUGGAGGCCUACGUGAACAGUCAGUUUGAUGAGCUCCGCAAACUGGUGCGUCUGGAAGAGAAGAGGACCCUCCACCUGGUGGACCUCAAAGAGGCCUUCCUGACGGCGUCCGCUGCGGAGAAAAUCGCGGAGAUCUCCCUCCAGACCGAGCUCCUGCAGGAGGAGAUGGCCGAGAUCACGCACCAGCUGUGCCUGCUGGAACAGGCGGAGGCGAUGGGUCCCGCGAUGGCAGCAGAGGCCCUCGGACCACUACCAGCCCACAGAGUGCCGCGGGACAUUGAAGCUAUGCCAAGGCUACCGGAGCCGAGGGCCGACCCCGUGAACCCACGAGGCUUUGACGACAACGACUCUGGACCGUCCAUGGACCACGCCCCCUGAAUACCAGCAGACCAGACUCCUACUCACCCGUCCCUCAAUGUGUACUCCAGCCAUCGGCCCCGCUGAGCUGUCAGCCCCCCUCCCCCUCUCUCUCUCUCUCUCUCUCUCUAUGUCAGGAUUUUUCACCCCCCCCCCCCCCCCCCCCCCUUCCGGCGCUGUGCCUGCUGCCAGCGAGCUGACCUUGAAGAGGGCUGCUGUGACAAAUAUGGAUGGCGACGUCUUUUCUGUGCUCUUUUUUUUCACUAGCUACUAACUUCCAUCGAUUUGAAGCACACAAGUUUCGGGCGAUCAAUUACCAUCAGGCUCAAUUUCCACAGCCAGUCAGGUCCUUGGCUUACUGGUGAGCCUGGCAGACUCUGGGAGGAGUCUGGGUAGGCAGCCGAGCGCAGCGUCGGUUAAGCCCGACAGAUGUCAGAAACGGGGGCGCUCCGUAGCGCCGCUCUCUUCACAGCCGUGAACAAUGCCGCUCUGUUUCUGUCGUUGUGACACAUUCGGACGCUCCUUGGAACAUCAUUUCCAGAUGCCGCAAUGCCUUAUGUCAUCGAGAGACCGUUGAAAGGUGUUCUCUGUGUCAUGUUUGAUUAAGAAGAAAAAGAAAAAAAAAAUGUUUUAUAAUGUUGUACUUUCCAUCACCGUGUGCCGAUUCUUUAUGCUCGUGUAUUGGAGCGCACGUCCUUGUGUGCUUGUGUGUGAGUCUUUGUUGGGUGAAAAUCAAACGUGCGCAAAAUAGCACUUUAGCGGUAUCAGCUUUCUAUUCAGUGUGAUGUACAGAGGCUCAUUCCCCCUGUCCAAUGCGCAGGCUGUGUGACCGAUCGCCAUCCAGACGAGCGCACGCACUUUCCACCUUGACCCACUCGGCCGCGGCGUUCGUUCGUGAUGUACAAGUGUGUCCGUGUCAGCGGUUUGUUUUCUUUAACGCGAUUGAUUCUGUUCUGCUUUACAUUCAGAAUUUUUAAGCGGUGUCACCCAUCAUACGUGGCACAUGUUUGACAACGACAUCGCUUUGCCCUGAGAGGAAUGUCUGCGUGUCAACAGCCUAUUGAAAUGACUCUGAAAAGAAAAGUGAAACAGCAGACACAAGUUUGACUGUCUUUGUCUAUUUUUUUUGUUUUAAAUGCAUAAAUAAACAACCAGUUUCUGAAGAUGACAUUCGCAAUUUCA